AAUCCGCGACUCCACCAAUUUGUCAAAUCAUUAGCGGGAGCGCACCAUGUUAAAAACCUUUAUGAGUUUCUGUAUGAGACUGACAUCUGGUGGUUUAGUUUAUGAUCACCGGCAGUGUUUUGAAAACAGGAAAUUUGAGGAAAAACGAAACUAAGCUGUUGCGCAGAGUUUCGCCGGUUGUAUCUUCAUUUCUCAAACAUACAGUAAAAUGACAGAAGCCAGUAUUUCAGUGGAUCAGGAUCAGUUCAGCUGUUCAAUCUGUCUGGAUCUACUGAAGGAACCAGUGACCAUUCCCUGUGGACACAGUUACUGUAUGAGCUGUAUUACAGACUGCUGGGAUCAGGAUGAUCAGAAGAGAGUCUACAGCUGCCCUCAGUGCAGACAGACUUUCACUCCAAGACCUGUUUUAGGUAAAAACACAAUGCUGGCUGAAGUGGUGGAGAAACUCAAGAACACUAAACUACAAGCACACGAUCAAUGUUAUGCUGAACCUGGAGAUGUGAAGUGUGACGCCUGUACUGGUAAAAAACACAAAGCUGUCAAAUCCUGUCUGGUGUGUCUCAACUCAUACUGUCGAAGUCAUCUUGAACAACAUGAGAAUUUAUUCAAAGGCAAGAGACACAAAGUGACUGAUGCCACUGAAAGACUUCAGCAGAUGAUCUGCUCUCAACAUGAUAAACUUCUUGAGUUUUACUGUUGUACUGAUCAGAGCUGUAUAUGUUAUCAGUGCAUGGCAGGAACGCACAAAAAUCAUAUGACUGUAUCAGCUGAAGAAGAGAGGAUUGAAGAACAGAAACAACUGAAGGAAACACAAAGUAAAUACCGACAGAGGAUUCAGGAAAGACAGAAGGAGCUUCAGGAGUUAAAAAAGACUGUGAAGACUCAUGAGCGCACUGCUCAGGCAGCAGUGGAGGACACUGAGAGGAUCUUUACUGAACUGAUCCGCUCCAUUGAGAAAAGCCGCUCUGAGAUGAUAAAGCUGAUCAGAGAUCAGGAAAAGACUGCAGUGAGUCAAGCUGAAGAACUCUUGAAGCGUCUGGAGCAGGAGAUUGAUGAUCUGAGGAGGAGAGAUACUGAGCUGGAGCAGCUUUCACACACAGAUGAUCACAUCCAUUUCCUCCAGAGUUUCCAGUCUGUCUCCGUUCCUCCUGGAUCUACUGACUCAUUUUGCAUCACUCUCCUUUCUCUACUUUCUUUUGAUCAUGUAAAAAUAAGUAAAGAGAAACUGGAGCGUUUGUGCAGAGAAAAUAUACAAAAGAUAUUUGAUAGAGGUUACUAUCAAGUCGCUGUGAAUCCAAACACAGGUCAGAAAUUUCCCGAUCUGUCUGAGCAAGAAAAGCUCAACAAGAAAGAGCUGACUGGAGAGGAGCUCACUAAACAACUGGACAGGUUGUUGCAGGAUAAAGCCGACAACCAGACCAUCUGCAACUGGAUAGAGGCCAACCUAGAUGAGAAGCAGAUAAGCUCCCAUGAGUUUGUGCGGGCAUUGAUGACGUCUGUGUGUCAAUCGGCUAUUACACGUAUCCUCACUUACAAGGUGGAUACGACUCAGCUUAGUCAAAGGGUCAGACUGCUAUCUAAGUACCUGUGUGAUGAAGAAAAGGAGUUGCAGGCGCUCUAUGCUCUCCAGGCUCUCGUGGUGAAGAUGAAGCAGCCCUCCAAUUUGCUGCGCAUGGUUUUUGACUGCCUAUACGAUGAGGACAUUAUAAAGGAAGGGGCCUUCUUCAAAUGGGAGUCCAGCAAAGACCCGGCAGAGUGCCUGGGAAAGGGUGCGGCCCUGAAGUCUGUCAAUGCCUUCUUUAUUUGGUUACGAGAGGCUGACUUCGAAUCUGAUUCUGAACCAUAUAAAGUGGCAUUUCAUGGACUGACGGUCAAACAGAAUAAUUCACAGAAUGGAUCACAUACACGUCUCCGUCUGUCUGAGGGAAACAGGGUGAAUCUUCGCACUGCUAAAGACCAGCUUUAUCCUGAUCAUCCAGACAGAUUUAAUGUUCAUCCUCAUGUGUUGUGUCGAGAGUGUGUGUGUGGACACUGUUACUGGGAGGUUGAGUGGAGUGGUGACUGGGUGUCCAGAUCUUCUAGAAUAGGAGUGUAUGUGGAUCACAGUGCAGGAACUCUGUCCUUCUACAGCGUCUCUGACACAAUGACCCUCAUCCACAGAGUCCACACCACAUUCACUAAACCUCUCUAUCCUGGGAAAUUCCUGAUUUCAGGAAAACUGAAACUGAAGUAUGGACAUGUGUUCUCUUCCGUCUUACUGACUCUUUCUACAUACAUCGAAAUGGCAGAAGCCAGCGUUCCUUUGUCUCAUGAUCAGUUCAGUUGUUCAAUCUGUCUGGAUCUUCUGAAGGAACCAGUGACCAUUCCCUGUGGACACAGUUACUGUAUGAGCUGUAUUAUGGAUUACUGGGAUCAGAAGAGAGUCUACAGCUGCCCUCAGUGCAGACAGACCUUCACUCCAAGACCUGUUUUAGGUAAAAACACAAUGCUGGCUGAUGUGGUGGAGAAACUCAAGAACACUAAACUACAAGUUGCUCGUCCUGAUCUCUGUUAUGCUGGACCUGAAAAUGUGGAGUGUGAUGUCUGUACUGAGAGAAAACACAAAGCUGUCAAGUCAUGUCUGGUGUGUCUCAGCUCUUACUGUCAAACUCAUUUUGAGCGUCAUGAAGAACUUCACUCUGGAAAGCGACACAAAGUGACUGAUGCCACUGGACGACUUCAGGAGAUGAUCUGCCCUCAACAUGAUAAACUUUUAGAGAUUUACUGCCGUAGUGAUCAGUGCUGUAUAUGUUAUCUGUGUAUGGUGGAUGAACACAACAACCAUAAGACUGUAUCAACUGCUGCAGAAAGAACCGAGAAACAGAAACAACUGAAGGAAAUACAGAGAGAAUACCAGGAGAGGAUUCAGGAGAGACAGAAGGAGUUUCAGGAGAUGAGAGAGGCUGUAGAGAUUCAUAAGCGCUCUGCUCAGACAGCAGUGGAGGACAGUGAGAGGAUCUUUACUGAACUGAUCCGCUCCAUUGAGAGAAGUCGCUCUGAGAUGAUAAAGCUGAUCAGAGAUCAGGAAAAGACUUCAGUGAGUCAAACUGAAGAACUCUUGAAGCGUCUGGAGCAGGAGAUUGAUGAUCUGAGUAGGAGAGACACUGAGCUGGAGCAGCUUUCACACACAGAUGAUCACAUCCAAUUCCUCCAGAGUUUCCAGUCUCUCUGUGUUCCUCCUGGAUCUCCAGACUCACUCAACAUCACUGUCAGUUCUCUCCUCUCACUUGACGAUGUUCAAAAAAUUAGAGAGAAACUGGAGUGUCUGUGCAGAGAACAGAUAGAAAGGACAUUUGAUAGAGUUUGUCCUGAACUCACAACCAGGGAGACAUUCAAAAAAUAUUAUCAUCAGGUCACUCUGGAUCCAAAAACAGCACAUACACGUCUCCGUCUGUCUGAGAAGGGCAGAGUGAUUACUAACACAGAAGAAGACCAGUGCUAUUCUGAUCAUCCAGACAGAUUUGAUAAUUAUCGUCAGGUGUUGUGUAGAGAGAGUGUGAGUGGACGCUGUUACUGGGAGGUUGAGUGGUGUGGUGGGGUGGAUAUUUCAGUGUCAUAUAAGAGUAUCAGCAGGAAGGGAAAGGGUGAUGAGUGUUCAUUUGGAUGUAAUGAUCAGUCUUGGGGUUUGUAUUGUUCUGAGCUCAGUUGUUCAUUCUGGCACAAUAACAUUGAAACUGACCUGCCCUUAGUGUCCAGUUCUUCUAGAAUAGGAGUGUAUGUGGAUCACAGUGCAGGAACUCUGUCCUUCUACAGCGUCUCUGACACAAUGACCCUCAUCCACAGAGUCCACACCACAUUCACUCAACCUCUCUAUCCUGGGUUUAGAGUUUGUAAAUUUGUGAAACUGUGUGAUCCAACAGUAUAAAUGAUACAGAAAUUCUACAAACAUUACUGUUGUAUCUGAAUUUUGAAGAGUUAAAAGAAAUUGAGAAUCACUGAUAUUAACAACACAAAUUGUAUCACUAUGUUUUUUAUACAGAGUGAUACUAGUUAAACAUGGGUAAAUAUUAAUUUGCAAGUAAAGAUCUUUUUAACAUUAUUAACAGUCAAAAAAGUGAUGUGCUGUUCUGCUGAUUGUAUCAUGCUGUGCCUUAUUUUGCCUGCUGUGCUGUAUCAGUGUUGUUUUUUGUGAAGUACCAGUGUUGUAAUGUAACGAAAUAAAAAUACUUAAGUACAGUACUUAAGUAUUUUUUGGUAGUAUCUGUACUUUACUUGAGUCUUUAUAUUUCUGCAGACUUUUAUUCCACUACAUUUCCAGAACAAAAUGUAUGCUUUUACUCCGAUACAUUUCCCCCAAGCAUGUAUGUUACUACAAAUAAAAGCAUAGAAACUGAA